GAAGAGGGGGAGAUCACAACUUGACACCAACCUCGGCGACACCGGAGCCCAUCUGGACUUCAUGGAACACGUGGGAUACGGCGCCUGCAGCUAUGUGGACCUCUUGGAGUACGUGGACUUCCUGGACAUCCUGGAGUACGUGGACAUCAUCGGCUUCCUCAACGAGUUCCGCUCACGCAACCUGGACCUCCCAAAGUACGAGCUCGGUGGAACCUUUGGUCUCUUCGUCGGCGACAUCUUCCUGGAGUACCUGGACAUCGUGGAGCGCGUGGACAUCGAUGGCCCCACCGGGAACACCCUCGGCCUCCACUUUGCCCCCCCAUGGUGCGAGUUCGAGUGA